GUCAAGCUGGGAGCUGCCCGACCUGCGAGAAGGAAGAGUUAAAGCCAUCAGCGAUUCGGAUGGUGUGAGCUACCCCUGGUAUGGAAACACCACAGAAACUGUGACCCUGGUCGGGCCCACUAACAAGAUCUCCAGGUUCUCGGUGAGCAUGAAUGACAAUUUCUACCCCAGCGUGACGUGGGCUGUCCCUGUGAGCAACAGUAACGUGCCGCUGCUGACCAGGAUUAAAAGGGACCAGAGCUUUACCACGUGGCUGGGGGCCAUGAACACCACCCACGGGCAGCGGCCACGGCUGGUGUGAAGGACUCAGCAUGAACAGCCCCGGAUCCUCAGCAGGAUGGAGCCCAUCCCACCAAACGCACUAGUGAAACCCAAUGCCAACGAUGCCCAAGUCCUCAUGUGGAGACCCAAGCGAGGCCAGCCUAUAGUUGUGAUACCUCCCAAGUAG